GGGGUUGUGGAUGUCUCAGCGUCCCAACUAGUCCUGAAUCGUCUCACAUGUGUUCUAGAGACUGGUAAGCGUGUUCCCCCUCUUUUUCUUCUAUAUGCAAGCAACCCCACGAACCCCAACUGAGACUUUGUAGUACAUUCGACAUUGGGAUCGGUCUGACGGCCACGCACUACCUAUCAUUGAGCAAAUACGUGAAAAGUGGGCCCAUCAUGGAGGUAUCUGUCAACGUCUGAUAUCGCAGGCUACAUCUGAAAGGCAAUAAUCAAGUUGUGUCCAUAAUCCAAGGGAAACACAUAUCCAGUGCUUGGGCGUGUGUAUCAAUCUCAACUUUUCAGUGCCUGGAACAUUUCCUGGAGACAUAGUCAUCCCGCGAACCCCUUGCUGGCAAAUAUGGAAGCCUCUUCUACUCUCAAGACCCAGGGUCUUCAGGAUCUGCCCGGUAGAUCAGUGCCCUUGGCUGAAUUCUUACCCAAUAACCAAAGUGACAUCAAUGAAGCAGCUCCAGCUCCCUCCCACCAUGCUCCGGUUCCUGAUACAAUUUUCGAGAUGCCGCCUGCAAAGCGGCGUCGGAGGUCCGGACAGGGCGAUUCCUUUAACGGCGCCGACGGUCUCUCAACUGAUAUUGGAAGUCCCUUUUCAUAUCCUCAGAGAGUAAACAUCAAAGAAGAGAUGGAAGGAGCGUCACAAAGCACAGGUCGUGCAUCCCGCAGUACGGAACAGGACACGAGUCAUCACACGCCAAGUGACUCGAUGACAUCGGCAUCGAUGUUUUCGCCCCAUCCGCAGAACAAGUCGGCAUCUCCUUUGACCUUUGUCCAGACCUCUUUUGAAUCUGUUUCCUCAGUGAAGCGCACAGCGUCAAAAUUGGACUUUGAGAAAUACCGACCUCGGUCGUCCAUACCCACAGGGCUUCCUGCUCCUGUCUAUGCUCAACAAUGUGUCGCUGCAGCAUAUGCAUCAAGGUUAAAUCCGUAUGCUUUACAUAAGAAUGAGCAGGCAUACUUGCAGGAUCAACUAUGCCAUAUCCAUGUUACGACUUAUCUCAACAUUCGAAAUGGGAUACUUCGUCUCUGGACUCGCAAUCCAAUGGUGAGCGUCACGAAAGAAGAAGCCCUUGGUUGCGCGAAGGAUUACCGCUGGAUGAAUUUGGCCGCUUUCGCCUACGACUGGCUUGUGCGAAACGGGUACAUCAACUUUGGCUGCGUAGAGAUCCCCAAAGCUCUAGUUCCGCCCAAACGAGGGCGCCGAAGAGAAGGACCAGUCAUUGUUGUUGUUGGCGCUGGAAUGUCAGGUCUCGGCUGCGCGAGACAGCUGGAAGGUCUUUUCAGUCAGUACAGGGAUAGCUCUACCUCUCCCCGCGUGGUGGUGCUCGAGGGAAGACGAAGAAUCGGAGGUCGUGUUUAUUCUCAUCCUCUAAAGAGCCUCCAGAGUACCCUUCCGCAAGGUUUAAGAUCUACAGCGGAAAUGGGCGCGCAGAUCGUUGUUGGCUUCGACCACGGCAACCCGAUAGACCCGAUCCUUCGCGCGCAGUUGGCCUUGCGCUACCAUCUCCUCCGCGAUAUAUCGACCAUAUACGAUAUAGACGGGAGUCCGGUAGACGAAGUCAGGGAUGCGAUGGAUGAGAGGCUGUAUAACGACAUCCUCGACCGCUCUGGGCUGUAUCGGCACAAGGCUGUCGUCCAGCCGACCGCUGAAGGUGAUAGGGAGGCGAUCGAUACUGGUCGGGACGUGUCUGCCGACGAUGGAGUGACGGUAAAGCAGUACGAAGAAGCCAGAGCCGCAGGUACUAUUGAUUUAUUGGUGCCUUCAAAACGCGUCCGACGCGGCGUUGGCCACAAAACUGCAGACAUCAAGCCUGCUGGGCCACCUAUGGCAGAUUUGGGACCAACGGAAGAACAGCCAGCAGCAUUCACGUGUCAGACCAUGGGGUGGAAGUUAAGGGAUGGUGUUUCGCAGAGAGACUCAAUUAACCUAGAUGCUAUUGCCAAAGCGAGCAACCACCAGACGUUAGGAGAAGUCAUGGAUGAAGGAGUCAGGCAAUACCAGCGCAUGCUUCCGCUGACUCCAAAGGAUAUGAGACUACUCAAUUGGCAUUUUGCAAAUCUUGAAUACGCGAAUGCUUGCAAUGUUGGGAAUCUCAGUCUUUCUGGGUGGGAUCAGGAUAUUGGAAAUGAAUUCGAGGGAGAGCAUGCGCAAGUGAUUGGGGGAUAUCAGCAAGUCCCGCAGGGAAUAUGGUCUUUUCCCAACAAACUCGAUGUUCGCAGAAACAAAAUAGUCACAAAGAUAUCCUACAGCCCUUCUGGAACUUCCAACCAUAAGGCAUUAGUGCACUGCGAGGAUGGAGAGACCUUUGCAGCAGACAAAGUGGUCUUUACGGGUUCACUAGGUGUGCUGAAACACCAGACUGUGCAAUUCGAUCCCUCACUUCCUGAUUGGAAGAAGGGUGCUAUCGAACGUCUCGGUUUUGGUGUCAUGAAUAAGGUGAUACUCGUGUUUGAGAAGCCAUUCUGGGACCUCAGUAGAGACAUGUUCGGGCUUCUCCGCGAACCCACCAACACUGACAGCAUGGUUCAAGCGGACUACUCAGCCAACAGGGGUAGAUCCUAUCUCUUCUGGAACUGCAUGAAGACGAGUGGUCUUCCAAUGCUUGUUGCGCUGAUGGCAGGUGAUGCAGCAUACCAUGUUGAAAGGACCCCGGAUUGUGAGAUAAUUGCAGAGGUGACCUCACAGCUUCGAAAUAUUUUCAAGACCGUUAACGUCCCUGAUCCUCUGGAGACAAUCGUCACACGAUGGGGAACAGACCGGUUCACAAGAGGCAGUUAUUCCUCUGUUGCUCCAGAGUCUUUGCCUGGUGACUACGAUCUCAUGGCGAAAUCGGUCGGUAAUCUAUAUUUCGCGGGUGAAGCAACCUGUGGCACUCAUCCCGCGACUGUCCACGGUGCGUAUAUUUCUGGGCUCCGCGCUGCGUCCGAGAUCAUCGAGUCUAUCAUUGGACCUAUUGAGGUGCCUACUCCUCUGGUCCCUGAAAAGGGCAGACAGUCAGAAACAGGCACGCCUGUGCUAGCAGGGCAGAAAAGGAAGGAGUCAGCAGCACCCUCUACAACUGCUAUCCCAGCUACCACACAUGCAGCACCUGCGGUAUCUUCCAUCCAAGCCCGGAGCAACAACUCCUUCCCAUCAGAAGCAGCGCUCCGCCAGGCUUAUGAUGAGGCAAUGUGGGUAGCCAUCUACGGCGAGCUCGGCCACCCAGAACCUCGUCCCGCCAAAAUGAGCCUGAAUCCUUUCCUUCUGUAUCAGAAAGACUACUGGCAUAAAUGCAAGCAACAAUGUGAAGACGCUCGACGGGCGAGUACCAAAAACUCCAAUGCAAAAGUCUCCCGCGAUGAGAUCCGGCAAGCUCUGGGACUCAUGUGGCGUGAAGCCAGCGAGGAAGUGAAGAGGCCUUACCUGGACCAAAUCGCUGCCAACAGGCGGAUGAACACCGAGAUAUUCGAUCAAUGGAAGGAGAGGAUCCUUGAAUGGGAAAGGAAGACAUACGAAGUGAAAGAUCGAUGGGUUGCAGCGAAUCCAUUCGAGACAUGGCAGCCUGGUCAGUCGAAUGAAAUGGUCCCGGCUCCUACUGAAGCCAAUACGGCCACGAAUGGAACCACAACUACACCACCUGUCCCUUCUGAAGACACCAACAAAGCGACCUCUGUGAACGGAGGAGACAUUAGCACAUCAAAAGAAGGAGACACAGGUGAUGAGAACAAUACAGUAUGAUAUUCAUCCAUAGCAGACUAUUACUUAUAUGUACAAUAAAUCAAACUGGACAAUGCUUACUUAUUUCUUCUCUUCUCU